GCAAGCUUGUAUUCGAGGUUGGACUUUCUGGUAAGGUAAAGAGUAAGACCAAAGUCAACGAUGGCAAUUGGCAUGAGUUUGGUGUGGUACAUGUGGCUAGUGAAGACAGGUUAGUAAUAGAUGUCUUUUACGUUAUCGAUUAAUUAUUGUCAACAAUGGGUGAUUCCAGUUAUAGACUAAAUUUUGAUCAAGGCAAGAAGAACGAAAUCUAACACCACAGCUAGAAAGAGCGUCUUAGAAUGAGUAAAACUGCAAAGAUUGGUUGCUAAAUGUUAUAAAAUGAAGAAAAUAUAGCCCUGCGAAGUUCGCAUGUAUUUGUAUGUAGUUGCAUGUAUUCGUAAAAAUAACCACUUCCGGCUCAAAAAUGGUUUACUUGUUUAAGUUUUUUACUUGGGAACUUUUUUGGUAAUUAAGCAUCUAUGGUACUAUGCAUUGAACCACAGAAAUCUAUUUCCCAGGGGGUGCCACUAAAGUGCUUUUCUAGGAACUUUUUCGCACAACAGCCUACGACCUAUAAUGAUAGUGAUUAAUUGCGAACACUUCUUAUAAAAAUUUUGUGACGUUGUCGUUCUAUCAACGUGUAAAAGAUCCUUAAAAUAAGAGGCCCUUUAUCUACAUUCCAGAUUCUACAUUUAUGUUGACCAAAAUCAGGAAGGUGAAAAAGAUUUCAGUGUAGCUGAAGACUUAGAUAACAGUCUACCAAGAGUUGGAUAUACUGCAAUUGAUUUCCCGAUCACUAAGAACUUCAUCGGAAGACUCAAGAAGCUGCGAUACUAUCCAAGUGCAAUAUACAAGGACUUAGCUGGCCGUGGUAAGUAUGCUUUUAUCGAACAUUAAGAUAAACCUCGCUUCUUGUGUGGCAGUCUUUUUGUAAAAAGUCCACUUUAAAUGAUAGUCAGACAGUCAGUUUACUUAAAGGGUAUGGGCAACAAAAAAUUUUAUUGAUUUUAUUGCAUUUCGUCUGAAAGAGCAUGAAAAAAUAAGCCGAUUGGCCGUUUACUGCUCUAUUCUAUCUCAUCUGGUUCCGAAGUUAUACGCAAAAAUGUGCAAAAUAUAAAUAGCUGAUUCAGCACAAUGUGUGACGUCAUAAGCUGGGUAAGUAUGUUUAUUGAAUAGUAAACUAAAGCAUAGCUGAGUUAUUAUUGGCUCAAAUCAAAUGAAAUUUUGCAUACAGAUAGUACAUGAUGAGACGCAUGGGAAAAUACUUUCGUUGUCAAGGCAACACAGUCGUUCCCAGGCCCCUUACACUGAUUUUGAAUAACUAGUUGCAUUGCUCUAUGUGUAUGUCAUUUUCGAAUUAUUAUCAUGCAAGUAAACUUUCGGCAUGCAUAGGUAUCGUACACAUACUUCUGAUAUUAUUUUAUUUUUAUCAGUACCUUGAAUAAAGCUGUUUUAUAAAAUUGGCGCAAGGGGCCUGGGAACGACAUUGUUACCUUGGCAACAAAAUUAGAAGUGUUUUUCAAUGCGUCUCAUCAUGUACAAUCAGUAUCCAAAAUUUAAUUUGAUUUGGGCCAUAAUAACUGAGCUAUGCUUCAGUGUAGUAUUCAAUAAACAUACUUACCCAGCUAAUGACGUCACACGUUGUGCUGAAUCAGCAAUUUAUAUUUUGCACAUUUUUGCGUAUAACUUCGGAACUAGAUGAGAUAGAAUAGAGCAUUAAACGGCCAAUCGGCUUAUUUUUUUAUUGUUAUUCCAGACGAAGCAAUAAGAUAGACGAAGCAAUUUUCGUUGCCCAUACCCUUUACUUAAUUGGCAAUCCAACAUGUCGCGCCAUAUAUUGAUAUUAUAUUGUUAUUAAACAUCGUGUACGAGUCAUGUGUUGGCUCGUUACUCUGGCCUUUAGUAAUGGAUGUAAAGUCCUGUCGAAUUGCAUUCACAACCAAGAAAUCCCAGAUGGAGACACUGGACUGGAGUAUUGAAACGUUUCGUCGCAAAUGCAGGUCAACUGGCUUUGCAUUCAUUCAUUUAAAAACCAGAGUAGCGAGAGAGAAAACCUGGCUGAUAUUAAACCUAGUUGCCGCGAAUACAACUUUAAAUCCACGUUUUACUAUAGGCCAGGUUGUUAGGAGUUUGGUUAUCAUCUUUCCUAUUAAAAAUAUCAACUUAAUCAUUUUCCAGGUGGUCUCAAGGGUGAAACUGCAAAACCGGAAACAACUACCGGUGGAACUCCAACUACACCCACAAAGCCUAAACCGCCAAGUGUCCCUGGUGUCCCUGGUAAACCUGGUGUUACCCCAACUGCCCCUGGUCUUCCGCCUUGCGAAGGUUGUAAGACUGGUGGCAAACAAGUUGCUGGUAUGUAUAAUACUGUAUUCCUACAGCAUGUGACAUGUAAACGUACGUGGCCUUCAUGCCUUGCAUAAAUUUGAAAUGACAUUGUGAAUAUGGUAGAAAGUGCGAUACGAUGGUACGAGAUCGAAACCAUUAAUUUAUUCACAUUGUCGUAUUUGACUAUAAACAUUAUAGGACUUUUGUACGUUUUGGAUCAAAUGUCCAACGUACAAUGAUAUCUGGACCUGAUUCUUUUUAGAAUUAUGAAUUAUUCUUGAAAAAAAAACAAUGAUACUAAACGUUCAUCCAAUUGCUUUUUUCAGCUCCUCUUGAUAUGGUCUUCGUAGUGGAUGGUUCUAAAACUGUCGGUUCUCAACCAUUUAAUUUCCUCAAAGGCUUUGCCAAACAGAUCAUGCAUUCAUUCAUUGUUUCAACUCAAGCUACUCGUGUUGGCUUUGUACAAAUAUCAGAUUCUGGUUAUGUUGAUUUCAAUUUGGAUCAAUACAAUGAAAUGCAGGCAUUGGACAAUGCAAUUGAUGCGGUAGCACUGAAAGCUGGAAAUAGGAGAUACAUUGGACGGUCUGUUAUGACUGCAUAUACUUCCGUAUUCCAAAUAACUGGCCGUCGCGGAUUGGUACCAAGAGUUGCCAUUGUCAUUACUACUGGCAAGUCCAGUGAUGAUGUUAGAUCAGUUGGUCAGAGUUUGAGACAGCAAAAGGUCUCCGUAAUAGUUGUGAGUAUUGGUGGACAGCCGGGUAAGAAGAAACAAGGAAAGCAGCUUGCGACUUCGCCUAAACAUAGCUUUGUUCGUGGUGAUGUUUCUAAGUUACCAACAGUUGUUAUAAACGUUGUGGACACAAUUAACAGAG